GAUGACCUAAUUGGUGGAUAGGGUAACUCUGAUACAGACCUCCCCUCUGAACAAGUUACACACUUGGCUUCAGAGUUAACUAAAGCAGGAUAGAUGUAAGCGGGAGGGACACACAGCCACCUCUUCUCACUUCUCUCACCUUCACAGUGCACCUUUCCACCUUUCUUUCCACUCUGCCACCGUAGUUUAGCUUUUCUAUUUUUCCAAGUAUUUUUGGGAUAUACUCGUCUUUAUCGCAACUUCACUUGGGCACUUUUCGAACACCAGAAGAAACUGCUAGCUUACGACGCGCAGGUAUCUGCUUCAGCAAGGAACAGAACUUUCCCCCGUGUAGUUUAAAAGAAUUCACACACCAUGAGUCUCAAAUCUGAUACCGAGACAAACAACGUAUCUAUGGAGGAAGAGGUGCGCACACUGUUUGUGAGUGGCCUCCCAACAGAUAUCAAGCCCCGUGAACUUUAUCUGCUGUUCAGACCAUUUAAGGGUUAUGAAGGUUCACUGAUUAAAUUAACAUCAAAGCAGAUUGUGAACGUCUUCUCUACCCUUUUCCAGCCUGUUGGGUUUGUUACCUUUGACAGUCGGUCUGGCGCUGAAGCGGCAAAAAAUGCAUUAAACGGGAUACGUUUUGACCCAGAAAGUCCACAGACCCUACGGUUAGAGUUUGCUAAGGCCAACACGAAGAUGGCUAAGAGUAAACUGAUGGCCACACCGAACCCCACAAAUAUCCACCCUGCUCUAGGAGCACACUUCAUAGCACGGGACCCAUAUGACCUGACGGGGGCAGCGUUGAUCCCUGCUUCACCUGAGGCCUGGUCCCCUUACCCACUGUACACCACUGAGCUGACCCCUGGUCUUCCCCACACAGCGUUCACCUACCCCGCCGCUGCUGCCGCCGCCGCUGCCCUCCAUGCCCAGAUGCGCUGGUAUCCCUCUCCAUCAGAGGCCUCCCAGCCAGGGUGGAAGUCACGUCAAUUCUGUUAGAUUAUUUACACUUCACACCAGGGUCGGUGUCCCACUGGAGUGAGAUGUGCAGAGCUCUUUGUUAUUUAAUCAGGUUUAUUUAAUGGAUAAUUUACGUAGUGGACGACGUUUCAUUUGGAAACGGCCAGAUGGUGUUUGAAGUUAAAUCUUUUUCAAUCACAUUCUGAUGCUGUGUGAUGACUGUAAACGGUACAGACAUAGCACUUGCAAAAUCCAAGCUAUUUUCUUUCCUUUAGGGGAUGUGUUCUGAAGAGGAAAUAUAAAUUUAUGAAGUGACGAAGCUGCUCUUUUCAUAGGGAAGGACUAGGCUUUUUGGGGGAACUGAGGCAGCCAUAGUGCAUGUUCAAUAUUGGCAUGAUGUAGAAUGUAUGGUUCUGUGUUUGUUUUACAGUACAGUCAGUUGCCUCAUGGCCGUGGCCUUCUCCAUUAUUUCUUUGUUUUUCGUUUGCCUUCUAUCUUCUGUCUUAGUCUAGCUCCUGUAUAAAAAAGAAAAAAAAGAAACUAUACUUGUAAUAUAUGCAAAGUGGUGUUAAACUUAUUGGUAUUUUAUUUUCCUGGAGAAUAUGUUUUGCAUGCAUUGAUAUUUUCUUUUCGGGUUCAACAUCACCUUUGCAAAAGUGGAGCCAAUAUGUAGAGCAUCAAGUUGGUGAAUCACCAUUAUUGCAACCCCUGUGUGACAAUCUUGUCUUGCCAAAUUAUUGAUGUCUAAGAGUAUAUUUGAACAAGAAAAGUACAAGUAUUUUUGUACUUUUGUGCAAUGUAUAUUUAUGCAUUUUUGUGUGAUUAAAUCUGUACAAGGUAAUAUCUAGUUGUCUUUUCCAUUUGAGUUUGUGUGGGUGUAAUCAUUUAUCCUGUUUGACAUAGGUUACUGGUGCAAUAGUCUUUACUUACUUGCUUUGUGUUCCAUGGCAUUUUUUGGAACUGCAACUUUGUAUCCAGGGUUGGAUGGCUGUUAGAAUAUCUUUAUGAAUGUGAAACUGGAUUAAAAGAAACCCUAACCUCGAGGUCGGAGGGAUAGCAGUCCAUGUUUUAAUUUGCUGAUGGGAAAUGUAUCGUUUCUGUUAGCAGAAUUUAAAUUGUGAUAGAAUUCCCAUUUUGUAAAUUGUGAAAUCAAUGCAAUAAAUCAGAUGUUGGGUAGUGUUAUUCUAGUCAGCUUUGGAUAGAUUGCAGGCAAAUUGUUGCCAACACUAUUAUUCAGAUAAGUAUUCUACCAUAGAAUGGAUGAUCAUGAUGCUAUGCCAUUCUACAAAGACCUGGGUUGCAAUAAUGGAGUUGAGUCCUGGCAUUUCAUCACCAAUCAAACUAGAGUAGUUUUCUUACUGCUUGCAAUGCAAUCGAUUUAUAUUAAAUGUGAACUAGAAUUUGAAUAUAAUGCACAAUAGACUGACCGAAACAUCCCAAUUCAAUAAUAACCAAUGGCAAGAGGAGUUGACUUUAGUUUAGAGUCUUCAUCCUAAUUGUUUAAACUUAAACAAAUGUAGGAUACAUAUUUUGUGCUAUAAGGAGGAAAUGCAUGGCUUGACCAAGCUAGAUCCUAUUCUAUAAUUUAACUGCAUGCAAACUUGUCCAUUGUGUAAACAUACACUGAAUUUCUUUUUUUUAGAUGGAUAAUAUUGGGGAAAAGUCCAGAUUAUUUUGUUCUGAAGAAUUGUAGUGUUGAGUUGAUGUUGAAAUGUUAUGUAAGCAAUUAAACUAUUGUAAUUUCAGUGCUUGAAUUAUUAGAACAAAAGUAAAAGUUUGCGUUUUCAGUAUGAAUUAACUUAUGGUAACUCCCAAAACGGGGAGAACUGUUUUAUUGUUCUAUUGAUAACCAUGUAUUGUUGUGAUGCUGUAUAUCCAUGAUGAGCCUUCUAUUUACUACUACAAAAAUUGACAGAACUUCUGAAAGGGAUAUGGAAUCCAUGUUCAUUGAGAAUGUUGUGAUAAGAAUUUGGCAGUAGUCAUUUUUUCCUUGUUGCCCAAGAACUAAUAAAUUAUAAACAAUAA